AUGGUCAAAUCUAACAAAUGGGAUAAAAAGGCGAAAUAUCAAUACAUGAAGAAGCAUGGGCUUUUGUCUGUGGCUUCAGAAUCAUCAUCUGCUAUGACGACUACUCCAAAGUGGAGCAGUAAGAAGAAGAAUGAGAGAAAGCCUGCAAUUUUGUUAGACGACUCUGACGAUGAAUGGGACUCGGAGGUGGACGAAGUGUUGAUAAAUCAUUUUUACCCAGAGUUAAACUAUAGCGAAGAGUUAUCGCUACUGCAGAAAGUUAAAUUGAAGCAACAAAUUUUGGCUGACUUGAAGGAGAAGGAGAAGGAGAAGGAGAAGGAGAAGGAGGAGCUAGACGGGAACCCUGAAGAAGAACUGUCCGAGAAAAAACUGGAUGGACAUAUUGACCUUGGUGAAUUAAUCGGUAGCAUCGACCGGCGGCCCAAGAAGAAAUUGCCAAAGGCACGCUUUUCUGAUAACCUUUUGGAAGAGUAUGGCUUGGAGAGCUAUCAAACCGGUGAUAAAGAAUACAAGCUUGCCGGUAGUAAGAGCGGACUCUCUAAGUUGAAAGACGACUUUGUUAUUGGUCAAUCUGAGGACACUGAGUCUAUACGACAGCUCACGGAAGAGGAGAUUGCCAUUGAAAAUGAGAGGAAGAAAAAGAUUGACCAACAGAAUUUUUACAAUGAAGUUCGAAAAAAGUUUGGCGGCGGUAGUACUCAACAGAAAGUAAUUGAUAUCAAUAAUGUAAAGGAUGAGGAGAACCAACUUCGGAGGUUGAAUGAGAAAUUGGGAAAAGAAUCGGUGGCAGAUACCUUGGAUGACGAUCUCAAUGAACUUCUAGAUUUGAAACUCUCGGAUCAAGAUGAAUCGGUACCUCAUAAGUCAACAAUUACUCCAUCGGUACUGAAGAAGGAAUCUGUGAAGCUGGGUAGUAUCAAAGAUGUUGAUUUUCUAGAUUCAUUGUUGAAAUAA